AUGAGGUCCUACGUUACCGCUCUACUUGCAGGUGCUUCUCUGGCCCAUGCCCAAGUUGCUACUUCGAAAGAACCUUCGCAGACAGAAUUCGAAGCGGCAGUGGCUUCUACUGAGCCGUACUCCCCGGUGUCGAGUGUCAAGGGUCUUGCUUUUGACCGUUUCUUCCAAGUGUGGCUUGAAAAUAUCGAUUUUGAUGAUGCUGCAAGUGAUGAAAAUGUCCAAUGGCUGGCCUCGCAUGGAAUCACAUUGACAAAUUUUUAUGCAACCACUCAUCCUUCCGAGCCAAACUAUUGUGCUGCCGCCGGAGGUGAUAACUUUGGCAUGGAUAACGAUGACUUCAAUCAAAUCCCUUCAAAUGUAUCGACGAUUGCCGAUCUUCUGGACACAAAGAAAAUUGCUUGGGGAGAAUAUCAAGAACAUAUGCCCUAUCCUGGUUUUCAGGGGUAUGAAUACCUCAACCAGAAAACCAAGGCCAAUGACUACGUUCGCAAGCACAACCCGUUGAUCCUGUACGACUCUGUUACCGAGAAUAGCACUCGUCUUCGCCAGAUCAAGAACUUUACUCAUUUUGACGAAGAUCUGGCAAACGAAAAAUUACCCCAGUGGGCUUUUGUGACUCCGAAUAUGACCAACGACGCACAUGAUACCAAUAUUACCUUUGCUGCCAAAUGGGAACGUAAUUGGAUCACGCCCCUGCUCAAGAAUUCCUACUUCAUGAAAAAUACAUUGGUUCUUCUGACAUUUGACGAGGACAACACUUAUUCGAAAAGCAAUAGGAUCUUUAGCAUUCUUCUUGGAGGAGCCAUUCCGGAUAAUCUCAAGGGAACUAAGGACGAUACGUUUUAUACUCACUAUUCAGUCAUCGCAACAGUGUCCGCAAACUGGGGCUUGCCAUCCUUAGGCCGCUGGGACUGUGGAGCCAACAUCCUUGAGAUUGUAGCAAAUAAAACUGGGUACAUCAACUACGACGUUGACACUACCCAUCUCCGCCUCAAUGAGACCUACCCUGGCCCUAUGGCCAAUGGAGAUUAUGCUGAGCACUCGCCUGAGUGGCCCAUCCCUUUGACGGAGGGCGAAUGCUCUGCGGGUCACGGAAUCCUCGAUAUUGUUAAGGAGACCUAUAAGAACACCAAGCCUACAUACAACUACACGAGCCCCUUCCCCUAUGACACCAAGAGCGGCUAUAACGAAAAUGUCACGGCCACCAGAAAGCCUUCUCUCAGUGAGAAAGCUUCUGCUACCGCUUCCGCUUCCAUUAAAACCAAUGCUGGCUCUUCUCUUGAAUUGCCCACUGUUGGAACGAUCGCCGGUCUUGUCAUGGCGCUCGUGUUGGGACUUUUGUAA